UCUAAAUUCAAUUGUUUGUGCAUGUGAAGCUCCGACUCCCCUCUGUUUGAGUUGAGUUGAAGCUGUGAAGAACCCAGCUUUGGCACUCCCCUUCAACUCAUGAAUGGCAUUCUCUCUUCCAACUUCCUUAAAAACCCAAACAAAACCCACUUCAACAAUCUCUCAUUUCUUCUUCUUCACCCUAAUCCAUCCAACACAAUCCCCGUAACCCAGUUCACAAAUUGCGCCAUCAACCGACCACCACUGACCUCUUUACAAUGCGGAGCCCUCUUGCAGUCACUCACCAACACCAAAUCCCUCCGAAGUGGUCAACAGCUCCAUGGCCACACGAUUUCUUGCGGUACCCUUCGAAACAACACCUAUCUCAGCACCAAGCUGGCCGCCUUCUACGCUAUCUGCGGCCGCAUGGAGGAAGCCCAGGUAAUUUUCGACCAAAUUGUGUUGAAGAAUGUGUUCCUGUGGAAUUCCAUGAUUAGGGGCUAUGUUACCAGUGGGUGUGCCAUGAAAUCACUUGUUUUGUUCCGUGAAAUGAUGAGUUUCGGCCAAAGGCCGGAUAAUUUUACGUACCCGUUUGUUUUGAAGGCUUGUGGUGAUCUGAGUUUUGUUGAAAUUGGAAGGAGAGUUCACUGCGAAGUGGUUGUUUGUGGGUUAGAGUCAGAUGUAUAUGUGGGUAAUUCUCUUCUUGCCAUGUACUCGAAGUUUGGGGAAAUUGGUAUGGCGAAGAAGGUGUUUGAUAGAAUGCCUGAGAGAGACUUGACUUCUUGGAAUACAAUGAUGUCAGGUUAUGUGAAGAAUGGUGACCCAAGGGAGGCUCUUUUAUUGUUUAAAAUAAUGGGGGGAGCUGGGUUAGUUGCAGAUGGCAACACUUUGCUCGGUUUACUCUCCGCCUGCUCUGACUUAGCAUCAUUGGAGCCGGGCCAAGCGAUCCAUGCUUAUGUUCUACGUAGUAAUUUAGCACAAUAUAAUGGUUUUCUAAUGAACUCGCUUAUUGAUAUGUAUUGUAGUUGUAACUCAAUGGUGGCAGCUAGGCAAGUUUUUGAGGAAGCAGCACGGAAAGAUACCGUGUCAUGGAAUUCGCUGAUUUCAGGUUAUUCAAGAAAUGGGGAUGCUUUUGAAAGCCUGAGGCUGUUUUGCAGGAUGGUUUUGGAGGGUGUAGGCCCUGACCAAGUGACUGUUGUGGGCGUUCUUGGAGCUUGUGUUGAAAUUACAGCCUUGCAAUUUGGCAUGUCUGCUCAUUCAUAUAUUACAAAGCAAGGGUUUGGCACUAAUGCUAUGGUGGGAACAGCCCUUAUGGACACGUAUUCUAAGUGUGGAAGUUUAUUGUCUUCACACCAUGUUUUUGACGAGAUACCUGACAAAAAUUUGGUUUCUUGGAGUACCUUGAUUGCAGGAUAUGGACUUCACGGGAAGGGAAGGGAAGCUCUCUCCAUUUUCCGUGAUAUGAUACUUAAUGGUAUUACUCCAGAUGAGGGUGUUUUCACUUCUGUUUUGGCAGCAUGUAGCCAUGCAGGAUUAGUCAUUGAAGGCAAAGAAAUAUUUGAUAUUAUGAAAAUGAAGUACAACAUGCAGCCUGGACUGGCUCACUAUUCCUGCUUGGUAGAUCUUCUUGGCAGAGCAGGACAUUUAGAUGAAGCUUAUGAAGUUAUCCAGACAAUGGAAAUUAAACCCACCAGUGAUGUCUGGGCUGCUCUUCUUUCCGGCUGUCGGCUCCAUCGAAAUGUAGAGUUUGCUGAGCUUUCAGCACAUAGAGUGUUUGAGAUGAACCCGGAAGGCGUGGGUAACUACAUAUGCCUGUCAAAUUUAUUUGCUGCUGAGAAAAGAUGGGAUGAUGUGGAGAGGGUGAGAGGCUUGGUAAGAGAGAAAGGGCUGAAGAAACGGCCAGGCUUCAGCUUAAUAGAGUUGGAUAAGGUUGUUCAUAGGUUCUUAGUUGGGGAUAAGUCUCACCAACAGAAAGACGAAAUAUAUGCCAAGUUAAAAGAGUUGAGGCAGCGGCUCAAGGAGGCUGGGUAUAAGCCUGACACAAGUUCAGUAUUAUAUAAUCUUGAAGAGGAAAUAAAGGAAAAUAUGCUUUGGGAUCAUAGUGAGAGAUUGGCUAUUGCAUUUGCUCUAAUUAAUACUGGUCCUGGAACCAUUAUUAGGAUCACCAAGAACCUUCGAGUUUGUGGGGAUUGCCAUACAGUGUCUAAACUCAUUUCUAAGUUUAUGUGCAGGGAGAUUAUUAUGCGUGACAUCCGGAGGUUCCACCAUUUUAGAGAUGGAUAUUGCUCCUGCGGUGAUUAUUGGUGAGUCGGUGACUAUGUACUUGAUGCAGAUUUUGUGUACAGUUGAUCUAGAAGUGGGAAUAGGAAUACAGAUUCUUUUGUUCAAAAAGUCAAUAUCUUUCUUUUGAAGUUUGCUGCAGAAAGUCGUUGGAUUAGCAUAUUUGGAAACUUUACUCGCAAAGUGGGGACUUGAUUCUUUGAAAAAUUGAAUUACUCUAUCCACUGUGUCUGACGGCUAGCCUUGAUAGCAAUGUUAAGAUUGUUCCUUGCUUAAAACGUCACGUGCUUGAGUUGUGGAAACUGCCGGAAUAUAGUUAGUUACAAAUUAUCUUUCCGGGAUCCUCGUAAAAUAGGGAGGCGCAUGCUACUCUCUUUUUAUCAACUGUAUCUGUGUUCUUAUUUAAGCCCAGAGGUAAUUCACCUAGCAAAUCUGCCUACAAAUCAGGCAAGUGCACGACCAACACUCUUGCCUGUUCAUUAUCAAAUUGGAAUUGGCUCCAUUGACUCAGUUGCUUUUAGGGGAUUGUCAUUUGGAAUCUUGGUUAUGAUCCCUUGAAGGGGUAUACUAGAUGGUUACACUUUAUUGGGACUGAAUGUUAGUCCUGAGGGGAAAUGAAGUGAAGAAGAAGCUUUUUAUGGCUUUUCCCGUCAGAGCACCAUCUUAUUGAAGUUCAGUUACCAGAUCAACAUGCAUUCUUCCCACAAGCUUUCUGAAUACCCUGAAAUUCUCCCUCUCCAUUGCAAUCGAUAACAGAUAAAAUAAGAAUUGAAGCUGAUCUGCUGUUUCUGCCCUUGGAUUUGGGAGGAUGAGUGGCGAUCAGGUAAACAAGUGGGGGAGGGGAGGGGAAAAAGAUAAUUUGAAGUACCCAGAGAGAGAGAGAGAGAGAGAGAGCUGCUGGGAGACAUGGCAGGCUGGCAUGGCAGAGCAGAGUGGCUCGAUUCCCCAUUUAUCCCCAACCUUUUUAGUCAUCUAUCUUGUAAUCUCUCUAACUGUAUCAUUUAAUUUCCCCCACCAUCCACAUUCAUUUCGUACACCCCCAACUAUGCUUUUCCCAAAAUGCCCUUCUUUUUCUUUUAACUUUUUCAACGUACACGUACUAAAUUUGUCAAACACUUUUAACAUUGCAUAUUAAAUAAAAAUAUAAAAAUAUAAA